AUGUACUUUGCUGAUGACGCUAUUCUCGUGACAAAUCCCGAGAUUUCAAGCUGUCGAGAUUCCGACAAAAUGAUUGGCUUUAUUGCAAGCAAGUCAUUGCGUGCAAUCGAAGGUCGAGUUCCUGUCAAUCAGCGAUUACUAAUUAAUCGAUACGAUGCUAAUCGUGUUCGAAAUGAAGAUUGUUUGUCUGUCGAAGAUAUUGAAGAGAUGCUGGGGUUACCAGUGUGUGGCGUUAUCCCCGAGAGUCCACACGUGUUGACUUCAUCAAACAUGGGUCAACCAGUUAUUACUGCUGAAGGUGAAAAUGCUGCAGUUGCAUUUGAAGACGCAGUGGCAAGAUUUUUAGGUGAGGAACGAGCGAUGAAGUUCUUGCAACCAAAACCUGCAAAGAGCCUUUUCGGUAGCCUCUUUUCAAAAUCGACUUAA